CCACACGCACCCUCACCAUGCCCGACCCCUCCGUCGAUCUCGUGCUGCUCUUCGAGUGCGCACCCUCGCACGCGCUCGAGGCCGGCGCGCAGCCCGACGCAGCCGCCGACCGCGCCAUCGCCGCCGAGUAUGCGCGCCUCGUCUCGGCCAUCCGCUCCGUAGGCAUGCGCUUCACUGCGCGGCCGGGCGCCGAUAAGGGCACGGUGCUGCUCUUCGUCAAGGCCGAAGCUGAGGCGCUGGUGCACAUGCGGAGGGCUGAAAACAUGAAGGACUUCCUGCACGGCGCCGGCGGACCGCCGGGGCCCGGAAGCGCAUCACAGCCCUUCUCUCCGGCCGAGCGUAUCCGCUUCACACACGCCCUUCUCACCUCUCCCGCCUCUGCCGAAGCGUCGCAGCCGUCGGGCGCCGGUCUGGCGAUCAAGAGCUCUGCCUACCCUCAUCUCCUCGACAUCUUUCCCGUGCACGACACGGAGUACAACCGCGUCUGGCUUGAGCGAUGGACCAAGCUGGGCAGCUUGCUGACCAUCAAGGACGGCGACCUCGACGAUCUGCGCGCCCAAUUCGGAGAGCACGUGGCCGUCUACUUCGCCUUCCUCGCCUCCUACUUCACCUCACUCCUCUUCCUGGCUCCCAUUGCCGUCUCCUUCUGGUAUUCCGGCUGCGUCUUUUCGCUCUCCUACUCGAUUCUCCUCGUCGCUUGGUCGCUGAUCUUCACCGAGGUCUGGCGCAUGCGCGAGCGCAAGCUCAGCGUUCGCUGGGGCACAUACGGCACCGAGGCGGUGGCCGAACGUCGUCAGGACUUCCAGCCGAGAACGGUGAAGGUGGACGAAGCGACGGGCGAGAAGGAGGAAGUGUUCGAAUGGUGGCGUCGCGAAAGCCGCAUGGCCGUGUCACUGCCCGUCAUGCUCUUCUUUGCCGCCCUCCUCGGCGCUACCUUGACGACGAUGUUUGCCGUCGAAGUGUUUGCGACGAAGCUCUACGAUGGAGUCGGAGCGGCUCUCCUGCCUCAAGUGCCCACGAUUCUCUUCGCCACGGCGGUGCCGCAGAUCAUGGGAGCUUGGCAAGCUACAGCCAAGGCACUGACGAAGUGGGAGAACCACUACAGCGCCCAAAAUCACGCCGACGCGCUCACGCUCAAGACGUUUGCACUGCAAGCAUUCGUUUCGUACGGCGCGCUCACUCUCUCGGCGCUGGUGUACAUCCCGUUCGGCCAGUCGAUCAUGAACGAGCUCGUCUCUCGCGGCUACUUCGCCGGACACAUCUCUCGCGCACUUGCCCGCGGCACGCUGCACCACACGCCGAGUGGAGAGGUCGCGUUCGACAUCAACGCUGCGCGGAUGCACAACCAGCUCUUUGCCGUGCUCACCACGACGCAGGCCAUUGGCGCCUUUACGGAGCUCGUGCUGCCGUUCAUUCUGCGCAAGGUGGCAGAGUAUCGCAAGCAGCGUGCAGAGGGUGGCAAGACGGGCAAGAGCCAGGAUAAGUUCCUGCAGCGCGUGGCAAAGGAAAUGGCGCUGCCGCCGUACGAGACGUUUGGCGAUUACGCGGAGAUGGCGACGCAGUUUGGCUACAUUGUGCUGUGGAGCACCAUCUGGCCCCUUGCGCCGAUCAUGGCGCUCGUCAACAACUUCUUCGAGCUACGCUCCGACGCACUCAAGGUCUGUCUCAACUCGCGUCGUCCCGUGCCUCGCCGCAGCGCCACGAUCGGGCCCUGGCUUGACGUCCUGUCCUUCAUCGCCUGGCUGGCCGCACUCUCAAACGCCGCCCUCGUCUAUCUCUUCCAGCAGGCGCCGGACGCCCAUCUCGAGGGACACUCGGUGUACGAGACGAAGAUGCGCACGCACCACGCCGACAUCACCACCACCAGCGCCAGCGGCUUGUCAGAGCGGUACUGUCCCCUCGUGCCCUCUUUCCUCCCCUGUUCCAGCGCCGCCUCGGCUCUCGUCGCCGGCCUUCUCCUUGCCCUCGUCGCCGAGCGCGGCUACAGCGUGCUUCGCAGCGCCGUCCGGCAUCUCCUCGAGCGCGCCCUCUGGCGCGGAUCGGCCGAAGAGACGCAGCUCAGGCGCCGCGACUGGCAGGCGCGCCAGAUGGCCGUGGCGCAGCACGGCAUCUCGGCGCCGACGCCGAUGCCGCCGGCGCUGCCCGACAAGGAGGGAAGCGCGGACGGCGCGUUCUGGGAUGCAGAGGCAGAUGAGAGCUCCAACUCCAUCGCGGGCGUGCAGAAGCGCGAGUAGAGCACGCGAGAAGCACGACGAGAAUGAUGAAGCUUCGAGUGUCGCUCGACGACGAAGCGACAGACACGAAUGAAACGAUACGAUUCUGCGCCUCC